AUGUUAUCUGCUUCAAAAACAAUUAUGAAUAAAGCAGCUACACGUUCUUCUGUUCGUGGUUUAGCUACUGCAGGUUUAACAAGAGAUUCACAAGUCAAUCAAAAUUUGUUGGAAACUCAUUCUUUUAUUAAUUAUAAAAAACAUUUUGAAAAUGUUGAAAUUGUUAAAAGAAGAUUAAAUAGACCUUUAACUUAUGCAGAAAAAAUUUUGUAUGGUCAUUUAGAUGAUCCUCAUGGUCAAGAUAUUGAAAGAGGAGUUUCAUAUUUAAAAUUAAGACCAGAUAGAGUUGCUUGUCAAGAUGCUACAGCUCAAAUGGCUAUUUUACAAUUUAUGUCUGCUGGUAUACCUCAAGUUGCAACACCUUCAACAGUUCAUUGUGAUCAUUUAAUUCAAGCUCAAAUUGGUGGUGCAAAAGAUUUAGCUAGAGCAAUUGAUUUAAAUAAAGAAGUUUAUGAUUUCUUAGCUUCUGCUUGUGCUAAAUAUAAUUUAGGUUUUUGGAAACCAGGUUCAGGUAUUAUUCAUCAAAUUGUUUUGGAAAAUUAUGCAUUCCCAGGUGCUUUAUUGAUUGGUACUGAUUCUCAUACUCCAAAUGCCGGUGGUUUGGGUCAAUUGGCUAUUGGUGUUGGUGGUGCUGAUGCCGUUGAUGUUAUGUCUGGUUUAGCUUGGGAAUUAAAAGCUCCAAAAAUCAUUGGUGUUAAAUUAACUGGUAAAAUGUCUGGUUGGACUUCUCCAAAAGAUAUUAUUUUGAAAUUAGCUGGUAUAACUACUGUUAAAGGUGGUACUGGUGCAAUUGUUGAAUAUUAUGGUUCAGGUGUUGAAACUUUUUCAUGUACUGGUAUGGGUACUAUUUGUAAUAUGGGUGCUGAAAUUGGUGCAACUACUUCAGUUUUCCCAUUUAACAAUUCAAUGGUUGAUUAUUUAAAUGCUACUGGUAGAUCUGAUAUUGCUCAAUUUGCUAAUUUAUAUAAAAAAGAUUUCUUAUCUGCUGAUGAAAAUUCUGAAUAUGAUCAAGUUAUUGAAAUUGAUUUGAACACUUUAGAACCACACAUUAAUGGUCCAUUUACUCCUGAUUUAGCUACUCCAGUUUCAAAAAUGAAAGAAACUGCUAUUGCAAAUGAUUGGCCAUUAGAAGUUAAAGUUGGUUUAAUUGGUUCUUGUACAAAUUCAUCAUAUGAAGAUAUGACUAGAGCUGCUUCAAUUAUUAAAGAUGCUGCUACUCAUGGUUUAAAAGCUAAAUCAUUAUAUACUGUUUCACCAGGUUCUGAACAAGUUAGAGCUACUAUUGCUAGAGAUGGUCAAUUGAAAACUUUUGAAGAUUUUGGUGGUGUUGUCAUGGCUAAUGCUUGUGGUCCAUGUAUUGGUCAAUGGGAUAGACAAGAUGUUAAAAAAGGUGAAAAAAAUACAAUUGUUUCAUCAUUUAAUAGAAAUUUCACAUCAAGAAAUGAUGGUAAUCCAGCUACUCAUGCUUUUGUUGCUUCCCCAGAAAUGGCUACUGCUUAUGCAAUUUCAGGUGAUUUAGGUUUCAACCCAAUUACUGAUACCUUAGUCGGUGCUGAUGGUAAAGAAUUUAAAUUGAAAGAACCACAUGGUGUUGGUUUACCUCCAAAUGGUUACGAUGCAGGUGAAAAUACUUACCAAGCCCCACCACAAGAUAGAGCUUCAGUUGAAGUUGUUAUCUCACCAACUUCAGAUAGAUUACAAAAAUUAACUCCAUUUAAAGCUUGGGAUGGUAAAGAUGCUAAAGGAUUACCAAUUUUAAUUAAAGCUGUCGGUAAAACCACUACUGAUCAUAUUUCAAUGGCUGGUCCUUGGUUAAAAUACCGUGGUCAUUUAGAAAACAUUUCAAACAAUUAUAUGAUUGGUGCUAUUAAUGCUGAAAAUGGUAAAGCUAAUGAAGUUAAAAAUCUUUACACUGGUAAAUAUGAUGGAGUUCCACAAACUGCUGCUGCUUACAGAGAUUCUGGUCAUACAUGGGUUGUUAUUGGUGAUGAAAAUUUUGGUGAAGGUUCAUCAAGAGAACAUGCAGCUUUAGAACCAAGAUUCUUAGGUGGUUUUGCAAUCAUUACUAAAUCAUUUGCUCGUAUCCACGAAACUAACUUGAAAAAACAAGGUUUAUUACCAUUAAAUUUUGUUAACCCAUCAGAUUAUGAUAAAAUUAACCCAGAAGACACAGUCGAUUUACUUGGUUUAACAGAGUUGGCUCCAGGUAAAAAUAUUACUUUAAGGGUUCAUCCAAAAGAUGGAGGUGAACCAUGGGAUGCUGAAUUAUCACAUACUUACAAUUUAGAACAAAUUGACUGGUUUAAAUAUGGUUCAGCUUUAAACAAAAUGGCUGCUGUUGCUGCUGAAAAAAAAUGA